AAUUAGUCUGUUAGGGAGUAGGAGAAAGUCACUCUUGAAGGUCGCUGGAGAAUCGUGGCUACGCGCCAAGAUCCUUGAGAACCCAGCUUCACUUGAUUUGUGUUAGCGGCCGUAGCAGGAGUCUCGUCAAUUCGAUGUAGUAGGUGUAAUUUGUAUUUGUCGUUUUACCCCAAUUACGCUUUGGGUUUAAUCUGUUCCAAUCUUCACAAUGCAAGGGAUGAUGAUCCGCAUCGUGCGUAUCAUUAACCGGUUCGGUUGACAAUUCAGUGUAAUAGCCGCAAUGAUCGGUAGCCUCGUUUAAUUCAGCAGCCAUGGUAUAGCCACUAUUAUUGGGGUCGGCUUUUAGGGAGGACAUGGUGAGAUGCCAAGACAGUCAGCAUUCGUAGGGAAGUUGAACAAGACCACAACAAGAAUUCAGAUGAUCGUACCAUCUUCAGAGAUCCUCAUCAUCAAUUUAAGACGGAACAAGAAAUUGGGCAUCAUCGAGUUCCUAGGGGAGUGAUACGGAAUAACAAGAAAAUGUGGCCUAGUUCCACAAUUCCUUAUGAAAUCAGCUCAAAAAUCGGUGAUGAGAGACGUCGUGAUAUCAAGAGCGGAAUGGUAAUUCUAGAAAAUAAAACAUGUUUGAAAUUCAAGCAGAGAACGUGUUGUGAGAAAAAGAUGUUCAGUUUCUUAUUUGGCAUGAAACCAAUGCCUAAAGAUUACAUAUUCUUUCAAGAUGAUGAGCCUGGCUGCUACUCAAAGCUUGGCAGACAAGGAGGCAAACAAAUCAUUAAUCUUAAUGGCUGUGAUGAUGUGUUUUCAAUCAUACAUGAAAUCCUGCACGCUUUAGGAUUCCUCCAUGAGCACCAAAGAAUGGAUCGAGACAAAUACAUAGAAGUUCGUUACAACAAUCUAAAAGAAGGACUGGAAAACGAAUUCGUUAAAAAAGAUUCAGAUACAAUGGGAAUAACAUACGAUUUUUACAGUGUGAUGCAUUAUGGUUCAUUUAGUGGCUCCAAAGAUGAUAAUAAACCCGUUUUGGUGCCAAAGGUAGCCGGUGUUGGGUUAUUAAUAAAGAAUAAUACACUGAGUGAUAGUGAUGUACUUAAAAUUAACAAAUUAUUUAAAUGCUAAUGGCGAUCUUUUGUUUUAGAAAUUUGAAAUUUGUACUCAGAAAAAUAUUACACAGUAGGUACUCAUUGUAUAAUUCUCGUAACUCGUUAUGGGACAUUUUUUUCUAUUAAUUUCAAAUUUGAGAUGCGCUAUGAAUUUACGAAUAAGAAAUCUGCGACAGAUUCGCAACCAUUUCAAUUCAUAAUGUCAACAUUAUGCGAGUAUUGAAUUAUCAGCUAACUAAAUUGAUUACAAGCUAGGUAUAUUGGAGCGAUUCAAUUGAAGCUUGCUGGGGAGAUGUCAACUUUGAAUACGGACUCCAUAUUAGAGUAGAUCGCCCAAAAAUAAAGUCGGUGGAUUUUGACCAAUAAAUUCAACAGAGGCCUUGAGUUAAAAGUUACUUUAAAAGAAUGUUAGCUCCGGAGAUAUUCCUGAAGGGGAGAAAUGUGCCCUCAAGUGCGUCGAUCUAUGCUAUUUUCAUCAAAAUCCAAGACCACUUUUAGAAUUCUACUGAGCGGUUAAAAAUCUGCGAAUGACUGAUUCACCAGAAGUCACCAGGAUUCACCAGAACAUGGAAAAGUCAUAAUUUAUACCCAGGUGACUUUUUGGAAAUAGAAUCACCAAGCUGAGGCCAUAUUUGAGCGGUUUUGUACACCUGGUGAGUUCUGGUGAAUUUUGGUGACUGAUUCACCAGAACAUGGAAAAGUCGUAUUUCAUACCCAGGUGACUUUUUGGAAACAGAAUCACCAAGCAGAGACCGAUGAGAACAUAUUUGAGCGAUUUUAUACACCUGGUGACUUCUGGUGAAGCUUGCUGACUGAUUCACCAGAAGUCACCAGGAUUCGCCAAAACAUAAAAAAGUCAUAUUUUAUACUCUGGUGACUAUUUGGUGACAGAUUCACCAAGCUGAGGCCAUAUUUGAGCGGUUUUGUACACCUGGUGCGUUCUGGUGAAUUUUGGUGACUGAUUCACCAGAACAUGGAAAAGUCAUAUUUUAUACCCAGGUGACUUUUUGGAAACAGAAUCACCAAGCAGAGACCAUAUUUGAGUGAUUUUAUACACCUGGUGACUUCUGGUGAAUCUUGGUGACUGGCUCACCAGAAGUCACCAGGAUUCACCAAAACAUAAAAAAGUCAUAUUUUAUACUCUGGUGACUUUUUGGUGACAGAUUCACCAAGCAGUGACCAUAUUUGAGCGGUUUUGUACACCUGUUUAGUUCGGGUGAAUUUUGGUGACUGAUUCACCAGAACAUGGAAAAGUCGUAUUUCAUACCCAGGUGACUUUUUGGAAACAGAAUCACCAAGCAGAGACCAAUGAGACCAUAUUUGAGCGAUUUUAUACACCUGGUGACUUCUGGUGAAUCUUGGUGACUGAUUCACCAGAAGUCACCAGGAUUCGCCAAAACAUAAAAAGUCAUAUUUUAUACUCUGGUGACUUUUUGGUGGCAGAUUCACCAAACAGUGACCAUAUUUGAGCGGUUUUGUACACCUGGUGACUUCUGGUGAAUCUUGGUGACUGAUUCACCAGAAGUCACCAGGAUUCACCAAAACAUGGAAAAGUCAUAUUUUAUACCUUGGUGACUUUUUGGUGACAGAUUCACCAAUCAGUGACCAUAUUUGGGCGAUUUUCUACACCUGGUGAAUCUUGGUGACUUAUUCACCAGAAGUCACCAGGACUCACCAGAACAUAGAAAAGUCAUAUUUUUUGUACCCUGGUGACUUUUUGGUGACAGAAUUACCAAGCAGUGGCCAUAUUAGAGCGAUUUUGUACACCUGGUGACUUCUGGUGAGUCUUGACGACUGAUUCACCAGAAGUCACCAGGAUUCACCAGAACAUGGAAAAGUCAUAAUAUUUUAUACCCAGGUGACUUUUCGAUGACAUUUCAGUAGAUUUCUAAAAAAUUUGAAAAUCCUGGUUCCAAACCAGCACAAAAGAAUAUGUCCCUAAAUCCAUCGAUAGGACCAGAAACAUCGUAAAUCCCAGUCCAUAGGUGCUGAAUUUCAUUUUCAAACGCAAUUUUUUCGAAAACUGGAGAAUCUGAAAAUCAGCUUGAGGCUCCACAAAGUGGCUCGAAGCCAUCACCAGUCGACUCGAGAGGUCAAAAAUAGGAUAGGUUGUAGGUACACAAAUCAAAUUUCAGCCCUCUACGUCAAUUUGAUCAAUUUUGAUGUUUUUCAUCAGAAGAAGAGCAAAUUUAAAUUUUUCAAAAAUUCGCUAAAAAUCGGAAAAUAAAUUUCAGCAUCUGAAAUUUUCAUUGGUUGGGUAUUUUUGCGUCCCAUUUCGAUUCCCAUUCGUCCGGUUCCAAAAUUUUUGUGAGAUGAGAAAAAAAAACUGACUUCGAUGAAAAUCAACAAAAAAGUCGAGGAUUUUUAAUUUCUCUGAAAUUGCAAUAAUUAUGUAUUUCGAGUAAAUAAUUAGCCCAGACAUAAAUUUUGUGAUUCGUAAAAUUGCGUUAUUCAAUAUUUUUUUCUAGUAAACAUUAUAAAAUCAUGGGGAAAAAAUUGACAAAUUGGAACCAAAUCAAAACAAUCAAGCGAACGAGUAAUACCUACUUAAUGAAAUAGGUAUCUUAAAUUUUGAGAAAUGGUUCUUGAGAAUUGUGUAGAUUUUUAAAAAUUAUCAAUAAAAUUGAUCAAAAAUUACAACGAAAAUUGCCAAAAAUUGAAGUAGGUCUAAGAUUGUCAACAAUUGUUUGAAAUUUCAUUUCAAGUGGAAAAAGAUCUCAAAAUUUAAUUUAAAAAAAUCAAAAGUAAUGAACGUUGUCUAAUGAACAGAACGUGGAGCAAAAAAUGCUCGUGAAUGCGACUCGUGACGUGACAGUCGUGACCCAAAUUAUUAUGAAUUUUGAAUUACGAAUCACAGCUUGAAAAAAAUAAUUCGAAUCACGAAUCAAAUUACAGCAUUUUUGAUCCGAAUCGUAUGUAAAAUCAUUUUUGCGUAGGUAUUUAUACGGAAUAAGUUUUGAAAAAAAUUCCGCUGAAAAACCAGCAAAAUGCGCACUUAGCUUAAUAAAAAUAAUUUCCAACAUCCUCUAUCUACCGAAAUUGAAUUACUAAUUUAUAAACUGAAAAAUAUUCGUCGCGAUAAUUCACGCUUUAUCAAAAAGUAUAUCCGAUCAAUGGACCAUGUCAUCACAUUCCAUCACAAUUUCAUAACACCUACCUAUCUAUCAACCUUAUUUUUUUCGAAAACCGACACCUGCUAUUUUAAACCCACGUCACAAAACGCAGGAAAUCAUGGAAAAAAUUAAAAUGUUUCCAGUGACUGAAACGUUAACUCAUUUCCGAUUGAAGCAACAAUGUUCUAAAUCUGCUAAUAUAAAAAGAGACGAUUUAAUAUGAAAAAAGAUCAGUUUCGAUUCAGACUUUAAUAAGUGUAUUCGUGAGGUAACUUACGUUUUAAAAAAUGUCGUACCUGUGUCUUUUUAUUUUUUUAAUGCCCGUACUUGGAGGUCGCCUCAGUUCGAAUGAUCAGAACGCGAAUUUCAAUAUUGUGCAAAAUCCGGAGCAAGAUACAACUUUAUCCAAAUCCGAGUCAGUAAUUGAUGGUGAAGUGAGCUCUGGCAAUGAUGAGUAUGCAGAGAAAAGUUUCUCUGAAGAAGCCCAACCUAAUGAGGUUGUGUUAUGGAACUCAUCACACAUUUUAUAUGAAUUUAAAAAUGCAAGUAAAGAUGCGAUAAGAACGAACACAACAAAAAACAAGGUACGCGAAGCCAUAAAAUAUCUGGAAGAACUUUCUUGUUUAAAAUUUGAAGAAAUACCCUAUGGAACUCGAGCACCCGAAAAACGUCUCACAUUCCUCCAAGCAUACAGUGGUACUUAUGGAUCAAAUUGCUGGUGCGAAGCAAUGUCUCCACUUGAACCAGAAACUUCACUAGACAAAUUGAUAUUUGUAUCAGACGCUUGUGACAAAGGAACGAUCACUCGUUUGAUUAUACGUAAGCUAGGAAUUAUCGACGAACAUCGAAGACCCGAUAGAGACCAAUAUAUUGAACUACUACCUAAAAAUAUCGAUACAAAAGAAAAUAUUACAGUGGGAUUUAAGAAAUCAACUUCGAAACCAGAUAAAAACAUGUUUUCCAAGCUCCCUUACGACUUCAACAGCAUUACUCACAUGCAUCCGAGUGAAUUCGCAAAAUCAGGAGAAAAUUCAUUUAAAAUAAAACCUGAAUUACAGGGAAAAUGUGAAAACGCUACAAUUGUUCAAGGAAAGGAAAAUCGUUUGCUCAGUAGUUUAGAUGUGUUCAAAAUUAACACAGCAUUUGGUUGUUCAGUGAAAUCGACUGGUUUCCACCUGAACGUAUGCGCGUGGAAAGAAUACAUGAUGGAAGAAAAGAGUACUAGCUCUAAGUAAAACUGACUAAGCAUUGUGAUCAACGUAAUAGGUACUUAUAAGAAUGUAAUGUAAUUCAUGUUGGAAUUUUUUGUAAUCUAAGAAUUUUUUUUGAAAAAUAAAUCAUAUUAAUGAAUGUU